CCGUUUUGACGCGUUGCAGUUUCAGCUAAAAGCCAUCUGUAGCUUACACAUAGGAAGCGGCUGAGUGUGCACAGUUCGAGAGACAAGGGACAAUAUGAGGCGCAACUUCCGCCAAGCUGAUCAGUUUGAAAAUCGUCAGUACGGAGACACUCAGUAUGAUGACAGUCAGUACGGAGGUCAUCAAUACGGGGACACACAGUAUGAUGACAGUCAGUAUGGAGGUCAUCAAUACGGGGACACACAGUAUGAUGACACUCAGUACGGAGGUCAUCAAUACGGGGACACACAGUAUGAUGACAGUCAGUAUGAAGGUCGUCAAUAUCAAGAUGGCCCUUCAUCCAAUCGACAGGCUACAUUUGUGGAGCUCCUGAGGAAACAGAGUGAUGUCAUUGAUAAACUCACCGAUCGCGUGAGCAACGUAGGCAUGGGGCAGUCUGGUGGCUAUGACUACGAGUAUGAGGAGGCGUAUGAAGAGCCUUACAACUAUGAGUAUGAGGGCUAUGAAGAUCCAUACUAUAGUGAAGGGAUAGGUCCUGGCCCAGUGAGAGUACGAGGCAGGGGGAUGGGACAGCAUGGCUUGGCCAGAGGACCUCGGCCAAUGAUGGAUCACAGAGGGGGACCCAGGGGAGGACCAAGAAGAGGACCCGGACGAGGACCGCGGGGGGCACAUAGGGGAAGCAGGGGAAUGGGUCCCUAUGGCAACGGGAUGGGAGGACGCCCAAUGGGCCCCAGGGGAGACGACCACCCCUACAAAAGAGACAGCCAUGGAGGCAGGGCCGACCCCAAACAGUGUAAACUCUAUCUGGAAGCCAUGAAGAAGAAUAUGCCGACCAACCCGGACACCCUGUCUCUCUACUGUCCUGGCUGCAGCUACCUGGCCCGAAACAACAUGGACUUCCUGAACCACCACAAGUCACACACUCACUCCAACCAGAUGGCCCGCGUCGAGGAGAUGCCGCCGUACAUCACCAAGCAGGUCCAUGAAGCAAUUGCCAAGAUCUUUCAACAGCGCAAGGAUCAAAAGUCACUGAUGUACUGCUCGAUCUGCGACCUUGACCUACACAUUCCUUACUCGGACCAUAAAAACUUGGAACUUCAUAAGAUUCGCUGUAACACAAUUAAGCUUGGAUGUAUAAUUUGCAAGACCAAGCCCUUCAACAGUUUCCCCGAGUACAAGGCCCACUGCAAGAUUAACACUCACAUAGAGAAAGCUGAGGUGGAGAGAAUGAAGAGCGAUGAGCUGAUUGAGAGGUGCACUCAACUGAAAGACUUUCCUCCUCACAAAGAUGGUGUAGCCUAUGCUCAGAGCAGUGUGGUCCAUGUGGAGGGCAUGUAUUGUACUUUGUGUAAGAGGUUCUUCGAGAACCAGGAGGAGGCCGACGCCCACACCACCCACAAGUCACACUACAACCAUGUCCGGGACUUGUUCUUCAACAAGAACAACACCGAGGAGGUGGACAUGGGCGAGUACCCGGAACCCAAGACAAGCAGCAUGAUAGCCAGCGGUCUCAAGCUGGAGGACAUGUAGAGGACAACCGGGUUCUGGGGAGGACUAGUGGACACUUGACUUUUCUUUGGUCGACCUCUGGAGAACAUGUAGAGGAUGCCCAGAUUCUUGGGGAGGACUACUGGAUCCUUGAAGUUGUCUUUGCUCGACCUCUGAAGGACAUGUUGAGGUCGCUUAGGUUCUGAGGGAGGACUGGGGGACUCUUGAGGUUGUCCUGGGUCGACCUCUGGAGGACAUGUUAAGAACACUCAGGUUCUGGGGGAGGACUGGGGGACACUUGAGGUUGUCCUGGGUCGACCUCGUGAGGACAUGUUGAGAACACUCAGGUUCUGGGGGAGGACUGGGGGACACUUGAGGUUGUCUUGGGUUGACCUCUGGAGGACAUGUUUAGGACGCUCAGGUUUUGAGGUGUGGGGGGGGGGUGGGGAGAACUGGCUACCGCCAGGAUGGUCCCUGCACUGAACAACUGCUACUCAGUCAAUGCUGUCUCCCUGUGUGUCAAUUCUUUAGCAGUUCUAUGUUUACAAAAAUGAUACAUAUCUGAAUGCAUACAUAAGUGUAUUGACAAUGUUUCGGGGGUGCUUCAAUAUUGUCUUUGAUUUGAUUGUGUUCAUUGUUGGCUUUCCUUUUUUUUUUCUUUUUUUUUUAAAUUUACUGAGUUUUAGAUUCAUUCCGACAAAGUAAAUGAGACAUCAUCAUCGUUUGAUGGUUCAACCAAAGAUACAUAUAUGCCUUCGACAAACACUUGACAUUUGACAUGUUAAGGAAGUUUUCCUAUCAUAAAAUGAAUAGUAGCCUAAUUAAUGUUCAUAUGAAUCAAUUUUGAAAAACUGGUGUUUGAGAUAUAUAAGCAGAAAAUAAUAUAUAACAAUUUAUGUUCAUUCCAUUUUACAUGUCACCCUUUGAUAAAUAUACGUGUAUUGUUUUGUAUCUACCAAUAUCAUGAUAUGAUACAAGAAUAGGUCUUCAGCAACCCAUGCUUGUCGUAAGAGGCGACUAACGGUAUUGGGUGGGCGUGCUCGCUGACUUGGUUGAUGCAGGUCAUCAUAUCGCUACUGGGUAGAUUGAUGCUCAUGA